AUGAAAAAGAUUACUGAGAAGGAUAACGAACAAGAAGCAUCACUAUGUGCUCAACAUGCCGUGAACAUGUUGCUUCAAGGUUCCUAUUUCACAGCUGUUGAUUUAGCCGAAAUCGCUUCAGACAUUGACAGUCGUGAAGGAAGGGUAUUGAAUGAGCAGGAUGUGAUGAGUCAAAAUGUCGACGACUCGGGUUUUUUCUCGCUGCAGGUUAUUGCUGAAGCGCUUAAAGUUUUCAACCUGGAACUUAUUCCGCUUAACAAUCCUCGUGCUGCGGCAUAUCGCGAUGACCCAACAUUAGGUCAAGCUUAUAUAUGCAAUUUGAAUGAACACUGGUUUGCUGUUCGUCGUUUGGGCUUCCAGUGGUUCACGUUAAAUUCCUUGCUUCCAACACCAAAACUUAUUUCUGAUACUUAUCUCCAUCUGUUCUUUGCCCAGCUAAUCAAUGACGGUUAUUCGAUAUUCGUUGUGGAAGGAGUCUUACCAGUGUGCACUGCAGAUGAACAACUUUCUCAAUUUCCUGUUGAUCCAGCGUUAGCGGGCAUGAAUGAUUCAUUUCGUGAUAAUCACUCAAAAAAUCCUAAUGUUGCGAGAACUGAAACAGUAUCUAGUGAGCAGACCAAAGAUGAUGAAGAUUUGCGGCUUGCAAUAGAACUCAGUCGGCAAACAGUGAAAGAAGAUUCGGCGUUAAAGGAAGCAGUGAGCAACAGUUUGGCAGAUGCACAGAAUAAGAACAGUUUGAGUGAAAGCGAUGACGAGUUACAAGAAAGACAGUUUCAAAAAGUCAUUCAAAUGAGCUUGGAGAGUUUUUGGGAUCGAUAUGGAAUGGAAUCAUCUGAAGCAACAUCGACUACAGCUGAAAAUAAUAAAGGAUUUGCGACUAUUAAGGAAAGUAAACAAAAUAGUUCCCAAAUACCUAAAAGUGAAGAAAUCCGUAGAAAAAGAGAAAACUUUUUGAGACAGCUUGAGAAGUGA